AUGACGCAGUCAUCCUCCUUUGAGACCUCGGAUUCUUUCGAGAAGCUGUAUUCUUACUCAUUCCAUACGGAUUCCGAGUUUGCAAAUGGCCUCGCUAUUAUUCUCGGUCAUCCGGGCACCCCCGCCACUCAGGAGGAGAUGAAUCGAGAGGACGAUCUCGUGAUACAGGCCAAGUGCUUUUUCUUCUCGCGAAAAGAAAAUCUCAACCCUCCCAUUGACUUCGCCGCCUACAAAUCCUGGUCACUUGCACGGUCAACGGGCGAGCAGAUAGCUACACCAGACUCUUCGCUAAGGCCAGGCGAACUAGAAUCAUCCGUGGAAGUGCAUGUACCUGAUACCGAGACUGAGACGCCCCCGGAGCCUGCCUAUCCAUCCUCGUUCGCACACAUCGUGGAGCUCAUCACUACAGGGCAGCCGAUUCCGGGUAUAGAACAGAUACCAGACACGGUUUUGACCGGACAUGACACUGCGAGCGAGAAGCCUCGGCGACUGAAACCAUGGGAGCGGGAUGCUACAGAACUCUCCUUGGGUGAACCUUCGAACGAGGCUGUUUGA